CGUCUACUUCCGCUUCCGGGCGCUAGGGGAAGAUGGCGGCGGCAGCAGCUUCGGCUCCGGCUCCGUCGUCGGGUCUCUCGAAGGCCGAGUACCUCCGGCGGCGCUACCUGGAGGCCGGCGGGGCCGAGGCGGGGAAGAAGCGGCGCAAGAAGAAGCCGACGGCGCGGCAGCCUGGGAGCCACGCGGGGAAGGAGCUGCCCGUGGGCCGGAUGCGCAUUGUGGAUGAUGAUGACACAAGCUGGAAAAACACUCUGGUUGAGCAAGAGAAGGAUGAUGACGAGGGGGAUGAUGGAGACUUACCGGUGGUGGCAGAAUUUAUUGACGAGCGGCCAGAAGAAGUUAAGCUGAUGGAAGCGUUCCGAACCAGUAACAAGUGGAAACUGUUGGGAGGUCAGAAUGAAGACUCAUGGGGUUCUGACGUUCCUGUCCUUAUGAAAUCAACAGAUAGUUCAGAAGACUCAAAGCAAAACAAGCAAAAGCAUUUGCUAGAUCGGUCUCCACCCAGGAGGGGCCGACACGACUCUCCUGAUCAGUCUCCACCCAGGAGGGGCCGGCACGACUCCUCCGAUCAGUCUCCACCCAGGAGGGGCCGGCAUGACUCCACCAAUCAGUCUCCACCCAGGAGAGUCCGCCAUAACUCAUCUGAUCAGUCUCCCCCCAGGAGGGGCCAUGGUGACUUACUCGAUUUGUCUCCCAGAAGACAUCGUUCUGUAUCUAGUAAAAACAAUGGCAGAACUUCGAGCAGAGGUGAACAAGAACGCUUGUCAGGUGAACACUCAGCUUCUCAGAAGCGCCAAAAGGCUGGUGAUUCUUCUUUACCCCCCUGGAAGAAAGCACGUGGUGCUGAGGCCGAUGCUUUGCUGUCUCAGAAGCAGGCUUCUCCUAGAAUCUCUCCGGCCAAAAAGGAGCCCCAUCCAAGAAAGCGUCAUAGACAUGAUUCAGGGUCCAGUUCUGGUUCUACUUCGCGGCGGCAGCGGCGGAGUGUCAGAGCUUCCUCAGGCUCAGAUCUCUCCCCCCCACGUUCCGUUCACAAGACGGGCUCGCAUCUCCAAAAUCCCUCUUCAGAUCUUUCUCCGCCCAGAAGGAAUCGGCCCAAGUCUCCGGAUUCUGAUUUAUCUCCUCCGCGGAGGGGCCAGGAAGGCAAUAAGAAGUUGCCCGAGUCCAGGAGCCCCCUUGACUCCUCUCCGCCUCAUCGGGCCAGGGAUGCCAAAGGAAGGGGUGACAGUCAGCAGGGCUCUCAGAUGCUGUCAGGAGGCAAAGCUGGCUUGGUGUCGGCAGAAUUGUUGAGGAAGGAACAGCAGGAGCUCAAAAGGCAGGGUGGCGGCAGCAGCAAGCACUUGGAAGCUGAAUCACGGCGCGCAGAAACCAUUUUCAGGGAUAAGUCAGGCCGCAAGAGGGAUCUGAAGCAGGAGCGGCUGGAACAGCAGAAGAAAGCCGAAGAGAAGUCCGAGCGAGAUGAGCAGUAUGCCAAGUGGGGGAAGGGGCUGGCCCAGAGCCGGCAGCAGCAGCAGAACGUGGAGGAUGCCGUGAAAGAAAUGCAGAAGCCCCUGGCUCGGUACAUCGACGAUCAGGACCUGGACAAGAUGCUGCGCGAGCAGGAACGCGAAGGGGACCCCAUGGCCGAUUUCAUCAGGAAGAAGAAGGCAUCCAAGGAGAGGAAAGAUACCAAAGAAAAGCCACGAUAUAACGGACCAGCACCCCCGCUCAAUCGGUUUAACAUCUGGCCUGGAUAUCGCUGGGAUGGAGUUGACAGGUCCAACGGGUUUGAGCAGAAGCGCUUUGCCAGAAUUGCAAGCAAGAAGGCGGUGCAGGAGUUGGCCUACAAGUGGAGUGUGGAGGACAUGUGAUGGCGGUUCGGCGGGCCUGAGAUAGCAGGGAGCUUCCACACGGUGAUAAGGCUGCUGCUGAGGGUUUUCUCUGGCCCUGUACCCAGUGACGGGGCUCAUCGCCCAGGUUCCAAAGGAAGGGCACAGAAACAGCUGUCCGUGUCUGGCCAGACAGAAGGAGAGUCUCUUCGGAGGGCAGGACGGCAUCGGCCAGGGCGGGGAAACCUGGAUGGAAGCUGAUGGAGGUCCAGCACAGCUGAAAGAAGCAGCCCGUCCUCUUCAGCUGUGCCCCAAACCAGAGGAGCGCUUCGGAUGGAGUCCUUUACCUGAAAACCUUCCUUUGGUGCCGCAGGGUGGGAGGCUUGGACUGCCCUGCUUGGCACCUCUUAAAGGAUGUUGUGGUUGGCAAUGAGAGUUUGCGGUGCCAGGAAGGACGGACGGCACAUCCUGGACCUUUUCCCUCUUGCUCCUGUGGAGGGUGUGGGUUGAGGGUGGGCAGGGGGUCAGCUUGCAUUUCCACAGCCUUUCUCUGAAAGAGGGCGGUGGCGCCCGGCCACUGCUUUCUCUGUUUAUACGUUUUGCCAGUGACCAAACGGAAAGUUACCAGACAGAGUUUAAAAAUCUUGCGUUUCUCCCAGAAACCCCUGUCUUCUUUGAAGCGCUUUGAUGGGAACUCUCAUCCAGUACAGAGGAGCCAAAUGCAAAGACUUUUUAAUGAAAAGCAGUAGCUUUUGCAGAGCGGGAGGGCUUUCUUACUUCCUUUGUAAUUUGGAUAUUGGUCAUAACACUUUGUAAUGAACAUGCUCCUUUUUUUAUUGAA